GCCACAGUAGUUGAUCAUGUUAUCAACCCAACCAUGUCUAACCAUGAGAGAGGCUGGACUCAGAGUCCAACCUAAUUUGAACAGGUACACAGUGGCAGGAAUUGUUCAAACCUUCCAAAGGGAAAAUAGGACUGAAAGAUUGCCAGUAGGAGGUGGCCGGGAGCGUCUUCUGUCCCCUGAGCAGGAGACAGAAAUUGUCAACAUGGUGCUGCAAAAUAAUGCCAUUACUCUACGGCAACUGCGGAGGAACAUAAUUGAAAACAAUUAUGUUUUUCAAAAUGUCCCAAGUGUGAGCAUUUCUACUGUGGACCGGGUGCUGCGCAAACACCAACUGCGGAUGAAGCAAAUCUACAGAGUUCCCUUCUCCCGCAACUCUGACAGGGUGAAGGAACUGAGACACAACUAUGUGCAAAGAAUCCUUGAUAUGGAGGUGGCUGCCCAGGAGCACAAAUUAAUUUUCAUUGAUGAGGCCGGCUUAAAUUUGGCCAAACAUCGGAGGAGAGGCAGGAAUUACAUCGGCCAACGGGCCAUCAUUGAGGAACCAGGGCAACGUGGUGGCAACAUCACUAUGUGCGCCGCAAUUGGCAUCAAUGGUGUUAUCCACCAACAUGCCAACCUGGGCCCAUAUACUGUAAUACUGCACUCCUCCUAA